GUGACAGGCUUUGUAUAUUGCAUAAAAUGUUAUGACAUUUAUGUUAUUUUAUGCAUAAAAUAAAACUGUAAAUAAACAGAAAUCUAAAUUACAUUUAAAAUCUUAAAUCAUACCUCCAGAAAAUUAUGAAAAUGAACUUUAUAUAAAUACAAAUCUUACAAAUAUCCAAUAUUCAAAAUAAUUUUGUUGGAUGAUGUAUAUUUAACUAAAAAUAAUGCAAUAUGCAUUAUUUUGACAGAUUCAAGGUUGGUUAAACGUAUUUAUGUCUGGUAAAUUUUCUCAACCCACUCUCCUUUGGCAGGUAUUGCAAAAAAUGUAUUUUGAAUCCUGUCUGGGCAAGAACAGUCUCAAAAAAUUCCAUCAAAGCCACUGAGAGCAAGUGCAGAACUGACAGCUCUCUCCAUAAGUACCACAACAAAAUGUGUCUUGUAGCACUACCAAGAAAAACAAUGACACUUCAGGAAAGCUGUCAGUCAACUGGCUACCCAGAGAGAUUUAUUUUGGUCGACAAAACGUGUUAAAAUCCGUGAAAGAAACUGUAGGAAGUAUAAAAGCUGUUGAACUAGGUGCCAAAAAAUAAUUGCAUACAAAAUGCUAAGAAAUAUCCAAGAAACUAACCAAAACAUGUGCUGUAACAUUACCAAUAUUUAUAUACAAGUGCCAUUUUAGUCAAAUUAAAACAUAUUUGCCUAAACCAAACAACUGCUACGUGUGAUAAGAAUAAUAAUAAUGUGAUUUAUGAUUUAUUCCAUCAGCAAUAGACAAGCAACUGAACGUUUUUAUUCGUUAUUUCCUCACCUGAAACCUGAGGCAAAGGCGCCAUCUGCUGGAUUGGAUGCAGACGACAUUUAAAGGUAAAGAACUUUAGUGCGCAACGCAGGGUGCGUAUCACGAAAAAAUACGGGAGGUGAAGGACAGGAUUGAUAAUGCGGUCGCUUCCAUUAUAACUUUGAUUACGUGUGCUAGAUAUUUUCCACAGAUGGCAGAGCUACUGGAGUCUGCACACUGAAAGUUGUGCAUCUAGUCUAUAGAUGUAUGCACGAUUGUGCUUUUGACAGUUGCAGCGCUUAAGCGGCAUAGGGAAAAUCACAAGCGUAUAAGGGGUGGAAAGACUUUUAAGGAUAUGGUUAUAUGCAGCUGUUUAGACACUGAAGCAUUGCUGAAAUCGCUAUAAUCUUCCAGCCACCGAAGAGGAGGAGGAGGAGGAGGAUGGUUUUUGGAUUUGUGCCUCUUCAAGAGAAGCAAGGCUUAUUUAAGAAGAAAGAUCAUGGUGGCUGUCAGAGGGAAGGAUUCGGGAUUCGAGCAGCUGCAGGAAGCCAAUGAGGAGAGCUACGCGCCGGCCACGGCUGAGGGCACACGAAGAGGAACGCUCAGGAGUCUACUCCGCUGGGGUUAAAGUGUGCAGUGUGCACUACUUCCUGCCGCAGGUAGAGCUGUCACAGUGUGGUGUGGAGCUCUAGCUGUGUCAGAGGCUUGCCGUGUCCUUGCCUCACUGCUGCGAGAGCUGCUCGGCUGGAUAUCGCAAUCUUUCUCACGCUCUCACCAAGGAUUCUGGAUCCCGCCACCACCAUGGAGAAGUGCUGCUCCGAAUGUUCAGAGCCUCGGAUGGCACAGAGCUUGUGCACCUUCUGCAACAAGUGGCUGUGUUUCCAGUGCACAGACCUGCACCAGCACGAGAGAGGCUCCACUCAACCCUCUGAUCUGCAGCACCAGCCGCGAGACCCUCCGUCACCGUCUGAAAUAGGAGCCGGUUGCUGCGGGCAUGCUGUUGUCAUGUGUCCUCUUCAUAAACAGGAGCCUCUGGAACUCCUGUGCGAAACGUGCGACCUCAUGGCCUGCAGCAUCUGUCACCUGUCCGCCCACAAAGACCACCGGCUGGUGCAUGUUGGGAAAGCUCUGCAAGACCAACGCUGGCUCCUGCAGAACCUCAUGGCCCGAGUGGAGGAGAAAAGAUCAGCUGUGGAGAGCACCGCCAAACAGAUCCAGGGCAGGCUCCACGGUAUAAAGAUCACGCAGAGGAAGGCAGAGAACCAGAUAAAAAUGGCAAAGAUGAUUAUGAUGAACGAGCUUAACAAACGGGCCAACCUAUUAAUAGAACAACUGGAGAGUAUCUCCAGUGAUUUCAAGCAACGUCUGGAGGACCAGCUGCAGGGGGCCAUAGAGCUGUGCAGCCAGCUGGAGCACGUGCAGAACUUCAUUACCUGGGCUACGGCCCACCACAGACGCAAUCCGCUGCUAUUUAGCAAAGAGCUGAUUGCUCUUCAGAUGCAGCAAUUACUGGAGCCACUGAUGCUCUCAGAGGCUUGGACCCCGUUGAAAAUCAAGUUUAACUGGGAUGCCAGCUUCUGGACCAAGCAGAUGUCCACUUUAGGUCAGCUGGUUGUUGAAGGUGGAAGUCGUUCAUACUCAGAGGUUGUGGGUCACCCCAGUAUCUUGCGACCCCAGCCUGUCCCAUGCAUAGCAAUGCCUCCUCUGUGCCAUGCGGUGAGGGAACCUGGCUGUGCCUACCAGACCUUCUGCCAGCCCCAGCUCUGCUGCCUUCACUGCAGACCAACUCAAUCCGUCUCUUUGGAUAAAUUCCCUGCCCAGUGUCCUCAAGCCGCUAGACGGAGCUCCCCACCGUCCCUUCACAGCUGCUGGGAGGCUGAUACAUCUGUCCCCAUGCAUCCAACUGGAGCUCAGCCUAUACAGCAGUCCACCUCUCACCCUGGAUCUGACCUCGCCCAGCAUGGAACCAGCUCUGCUUUGCCCCGGCAGCCUGUCGGAUCCAACAACCACCCGCUGCCCGAGCCGCUCCCUGCUAAUUCCAACCAGACUGUCGUGGACGGAAGAAACUCUGCACCAGGCCAGUCUCCUAAUGGAAGAGGGCAAACAUCUGUACCUGAAGCAGUCACAGGGCAAGAGGCAUCACCAGACAGAGAGCUGCCACAUGUCCACAAUCAGGCUCAUGUGCAGAUGACCACAGACACCAGCAACCAGCCCAUGGUUGAACUGCAACCUAUCGUUGCUCGCAUCAAUGACGACAGGAGAUCCUCGGCGCUGGAGAUGUACGCGCUGGCUCAAGGCCGAGGAGGUGACCGGCGGAGCCGCUCCGAUUCGAAGCGGGCGACCAGGUCUCAGAGCACUGCCGUAGGGCCCAGAGGACCUCGUAAAAGGCUCUGCAAGACAGGCCGACCAAGGCUGCUCACAGCCUGGCAACAGUGGCUGGGGACCAGGGAUGCACAGCGCAGCAGAGAUAACUGUUGUCUAGGAAACGGUUCCUUUAACCUCUUUCUGUUUGAGAACAAAUUAGAUGCAGCAGCCCACAUAACCAAUUCAUCCAUUACCUGUCAACAGAAUGGCAAUGUUUCAAAACCUGUUCCUGUAUCUCAGCAGGUCUGUGCACAACUCAAUGCUUCUGAGAUGAUCCCGGGACAUAUAGGCGGUCACAAUGCAUCCUCGCUGACCACCUACAAGUCUGAACCAGAAAAUGUUUAUGCAUAUGCCUAUGAAAACAAAAGACUGAAAACCAGAAAGAAGAACAGAAUGCCUCGAGAGGAUCCAGACUCCAGUGACAAAGAAGCCCCGGAUGGUUCUAAGGUUCCAGUUGUGUGUCUCGAGCGACUCAAGAUCCUGGUAUCACGACAUCCACCACAGAACCAUCAGAGCACAGAUCUUACUUCUCAGACAGAGUCUGGACUCAAACCUGAAGAAACUGUCUUGAGGGUCCUAGAAAGAGAGGUCACUUCUCAGGGAACAUUGGAUAAGGAGUCAGUUCAGGCAGAGGACAGCGUGUCGCCCACAGAUCAACUACCACCAGAACAUCUGCAUAGUUGUGAAUCAUCUGGCUCCCUUGAGGUUUCUCAGCCUCCAGUGCAAGAAUUUUGCAACAUAAACCAAGAGUCUGGGGUACUAGCCAUCUCCAAUGAUUCAGAUCCUGUCUUACAAACUGAACCUGAAGCGAUACUCUUCCCAUCUGAACUCAGAUCAGUUACGUGUUCUGAAUCCACAAGAGAGGCUGAACCGGGCUCAGACGGAGAUGUCGAAUCAGAGCUCCUGCAGGAAUCAGAUCCGAGCGCUGAAUCUGAACUGCAGGUCGAAUCCGAAUCAGAUGUCAUUUCUGAGCAACCACCAGAAUCAGUGCACUCAGCUUCUGAACAGGAAUUUGAAUCAGAUCCAGAUUCCACAGCCGAAGUGACUCUGAACAUUGAACCUGAGUCUGAAUCGGAGGCUGAGCGGCCGGUUCUCCCACACGCCACCAGCUCUGAGAAUGUAUCAGAACCUGCUGUUGAGGAUCAGCCUGCAGAGGAAAGACCUGAGAUAGAGAACGAGGACUUCUGUGCGGUCUGUCUCAUUGGAGGCGAUCUUCUAUGCUGUGAUCGUUGCCCGAAGGUCUUUCACCUGUCAUGCCAUGUCCCCCCACUUCAUAGCUUUCCUAUAGGCGACUGGAUUUGCACCCUGUGCAGGGAUGUGGAGCAACCAGAGGUGGAAUAUGACUGUGAGAAUGUCCAGAUGUCCACAGACACGAUGCCAUAUGGGCUGUCAGCGUGUGACCAGAGGAAAUGCGAGAAGUUGACGCUGCUGAUCCUCAGCAACAUUCUCAGUGCUCCGUUCCAUGAGCCUGUCAGCCCUCUGGCCCGUCAUUAUUAUCAGAUCAUCAAGAAACCCAUGGAUUUGUCUGUCAUUCGGAACAGGCUCAGCAGAAACAGCCACACACACUAUCGUUCCCCUCAGGAGUUUGUGGCUGAUGUCCUGCUCAUGUUCAAAAACUGUGCCAAGUUCAAUUACCCGGACUCAGAGGUGGCUCAGGCAGGCCACAGUCUUCAGUCCUUUUUUACCUCCAAACUGUGUGAGGUAUUCCCAGAUCUGACCUGUCCUGUCCAGGAGGAGGAGGACUCCGACGUUGAGGAUUACGAGGAGCUGGAACGUGCCAUGGUGACUGGAUUUCCUUGGCCUGAGAGAAAAGAGCAGAGCCACAGGAAGAGGAAGAGGAGGCACUCCCUAAACUGGAGGAGAAAUCACUAUUAGUUGUGCCUCUAUAUACAUGUACAGAGACAUUUGAUCCACUUUGAUCUCUGAGUUUUCCAUCCUGGCUGGAUUGCUGUUUUUUUAAGGAUUCAUGUUGAAAUACAGUAUAUGUUUUUUCUGAGGACUAUAAUCUCACACAUUAUAACCAGUUCAUGUAUUAUGCUGUUAUCUGUAGCUGUGGGUAGGUGUUCAUAUAAGCCUAUAUCUCCAGACUUUGCCUAAGGUCUUGCACUAGUAUUUAUUCCAAUGCUUACACUUAUAUUAAAUUGUACAAUCAAUUUGAUAGCUGACUGGUUGCUGGCAACUGCUAUUUAGUAAAGAUAGAUAUGCAACAUUAAUUGGAAAUAUUAUAUAAUAUGUUUGUUCUAAAUUUCAUUCUUCUUUUAAUCCAAAUAUCCCUUGUAAUGAGGUACUUUUCCCAGCUGUUUUACUGUGAUGAUUUUAUUGACCCGUAGAGGGAGCACUUCAUAUAGCCUGUGGCAACACAUUAGUUCAUAUUGGACUUUUUUGGUGGCUGGAGGAGGUGCGUAAUGUGAUUGAAUCCCACGACCCCUUUCUAGAAUAAAAUGGGGAUUUAUUAGGCUGAUGUUGCUACAUUACUGUGAUGUUUUAAAUUGAUCUUUCAAAUGUUUAUUGACUAAUUAGACAGAAAUAUCUAAUCUUUUCAGAGGCGGGUGGAACACUUUUUAGUCCAGCAUGUUCCUCCAUGUGGUUCACAAACAGGUUUGAUAUUCAUAUGUCUUCUGAAUUUUGUAAUACUGGUCUUUAAUUGCUAAAAUUGCUGUGCAGAUCAUGUUAAGUCCUCUUUUAAUGCUAUUUACUAUCAUUAGCUGGAUUGUAAUUAGUCUGAAAUAUAUACUGUAUGGUGUAAAUAUACAAUUAA